AUGAAACUGCCAGGCCAGGAGGAGUUUGAAACCUCCAGUGGUCGUGAAAGUGUUCCUGCAGGGGAGCUGAACAGCAGCCCUGGCUCCAGCCCCGAUGGCCCCUCAGACACAGACAGCAGGGAACUGGGGGUAUCCAAGGACCCUCUGCUCUUCAUUCAGCUGAAUGAGCUGCUGGGCUGGCCCCAGGCACUGGAGUGGAGAGAGACAGGCAGGUGGGUACUGUUUGAAGAGAAGCUGGAGGUGGGUGCAGGCCGGUGGAGCGCCCCCCACGUGCCCAUCCUGGCACUGCCCAGCCUCCAGAAGCUUCGCAGCCUGCUAGCUGAGGGCCUUGUACUGCUGGACUGUCCAGCUCAGAGCUUCCUAGAGCUCGUGGAGCAGGUGACCAGGGUGGAGCCACUAAGCCCAGAGCUGAGAGGACAACUGCAGGCCUUGCUGUUGCAGAAACCACAGCACCACAUCAGGACCACAGGCACCAGGCCCUGCUGGGAAUCUACUCACCCAAGAAAGGUUUCUUAUGAUGAGGAAGCCCCCCUGAAAGAACAGCGUCAGAACCCCCUGAGAUGGAAGCUACCUCCAGGGGCCGAGGCAGGGACUGUGUUGGCCGGAGAGCUGGGUUUCCUGACACAGCCACUGGGGGCCUUCGUAAGACUGCGGGAUCCUGUGGUGCUGGGGCCCCUCACUGAGGUGCCCCUCCCCAGCAGGUUUUUCUGCCUUCUCUUGGGUCCCCCCAUGCAAGGAAGGGGCUACCAUGAGAUGGGCCGGGCAGUGGCUGUCCUCCUCAGUGACCCGCAAUUCCAGUGGUCAGCUCGUCGGGCCAGCAACCUUCAUGACCUUCUGGCAGCCCUGGAUGCCUUCUUGGAGGAGGUGACAGUGCUCCCCCCAGGUCGGUGGGACCCGACAUCCCGGAUUUCCCCUCCCAAAUGUCUGCCCUCUCAAAAGCACAAAAGGCUCCCCUCGCAACUGCGGGAGGUCCAGGGACUCGCCGCCCAGCGAGGGACCCCGGCCGAGGACCGGCACCGCCGGGAGCCGCACGCGCCCAGCCCGGAGUUGCAGCGGACCGGCAGGCUGUUUGGGGGCCUUGUCCAGGACGUGCGCAGGAAGGCCUCGUGGUACCCCAGCGACUUCGUGGACGCCCUGCACCCCCAGUGCUUUUCGGCCGUGCUCUACAUUUAUCUGGCCACCAUCACUAACGCCAUCACUUUCGGGGGUCUACUGGGAGAUGCCACGGACGGUGCCCAGGGAGUGCUGGAAAGUUUUCUGGGCACCGCAGUGGCUGGAACUGCCUUCUGCCUGAUGGCAGGCCAGCCCCUCACCAUCCUCAGCAGCACCGGGCCAAUGCUGGUCUUUGAACGCCUGCUCUUCUCUUUCAGCAGAGAUUACAGACUGGACUACCUGCCCUUCCGCCUGUGGGUGGGCAUCUGGGUGGCUACGUUUUGCCUGGUUCUGGUGGCCACAGAAGCCAGUGUGCUGGUGCGCUACUUCACCCGCUUCACAGAGGAAGGUUUCUGUGCCCUCAUCAGCCUCAUCUUCAUCUAUGAUGCCGUGGGCAAAAUGCUGAACUUGACCCAUGCCUAUCCCAUCCAGAGGCCUGGGUCCCUUGCCUAUGGCUGCCUUUGCCAAUACCCGGGCCCAGGAGAAAAUGAGUCUCAAUGGACGAGGACGAGGCCAAAAGACAAAGAUGACAUCUUAAGCACGGACCUGGGCCUGAUCAAUGCGUCACUGCUACCUCCACUUGAGUGCACCCAGCAGGGAGGCCAUCCUCGUGGCCCUGGCUGUCAUUCGGUCCCAGACAUCGCCUUCUUCUCCCUCCUUCUUUUCCUUACUUCCUUCCUCUGUGCCACGGCCCUUAAGCAUGUAAAGACCAGCCGCUUCUUCCCCUCUAUGGUACGCAAGGUGCUCAGCGACUUCUCCUCAGUCCUGGCCAUCCUGCUGGGUUGUGGUCUCGAUGCCUUCCUGGGCCUGGCUACACCGAAGCUCAUGGUGCCCAGAGAGUUCAAGCCCACACUCCCUGGGCGUGGCUGGCUGGUGUUGCCUUUUGGAGCCAAUCCCUGGUGGUGGAGUGUGGUAGCUGCCCUGCCUGCCCUGCUGCUGUCCAUCCUCAUCUUCAUGGACCAGCAGAUCACAGCGGUCAUCCUCAAUCGCAUGGAAUACAGACUUCGGAAGGGAGCUGGCUUCCAUCUGGACCUCUUCUGUGUGGCUGUGCUGAUGCUGCUCACUUCAACACUUGGGCUGCCCUGGUAUGUCUCAGCCACUGUCAUCUCCCUGGCUCACAUGGACAGUCUUCGGAGAGAGAGCAGAGCCUGUGCCCCUGGAGAGACCCCCAGCUUCCUAGGCAUCAGAGAGCAGAGACUGACAGGCCUGGUGGUCUUCAUCCUCACAGGAGUUUCCAUCUUCCUGGCGCCUGUGCUCAAGUUCAUCCCAAUGCCUGUGCUCUAUGGCAUCUUCCUGUACAUGGGGGUGGCAGCGCUUAGCAGCAUCCAGUUCAUGAAGAGAGUGUACCUAUUGUUGAUGCCAGCAAAACACCAGCCAGACCUGCUACUGUUGCGGCACGUGCCUCUGAGCAGGGUACACCUCUUCACAGUCAUUCAGCUUGCCUGCCUGGGUGCUCUGUGGAUAGCCAAGUCUACCCCUGCAGCCAUCAUCUUCCCCCUCAUGUUGUUAGGCCUGGUGGGGGUCCGAAAGGCCCUGGAGUGGGUCUUCUCACCACACGAACUCCUCUGGCUGGAUGAGCUGAUGCCCCAAGAGGACAGGAGCAUCCCAGAAAAGGGGCUGGAGCCAGAGCACUCAUUCCGUGGAAGUGACAAUGAGAUGUGA